AUGGCCGACUCUCCUCUUCAGUUCGCGACGUUCACGUCGGAAAUAGAGCUGCCCUUUUAUUCGGCUCUGUUUGCGUCCAAGCUCGAUUACGACAAACUCGAUGACUCGGCAAGAAACGUGCUUGGUCUGUAUGAGGCAAGGGUCCAAGAACCAGAGGCGAGCUGCAAGAUGCAGAUUUUAGGAAACGCCCUCACAAGUCAAACUGCUCCCCUUGGCAUCGCCAGAGGAGAAGGCAUUAUAAAAAACGUCAAUACUCUGGAGGAUUUCAAAAAGAUGGACAAGGCGGCCAUGAUCAAGACCUCAGGCAGACAGAUCUGGGACGCGAUCAACGACGGUACCAUUUACUCGGUGCCUUCUCUGCUCUCGUCUUUUGUCAUUCUCUCCUACGCCGAUUUGAAAAAGUACAAAUUCACCUACUGGUUUGCGUUUCCCGCCUUGCAUUCAGACCCGCAGUGGAAGAGAUGCGGACCAAGCGAGAGGUUCACCGCCGAUGAAAGCACAGCCCUCGUGGAUAGAGUCGGGACCUGGCGGUACAGCGUUGAUAGCCGGGAGCAUGGCUUCUUCCUCGCAAAAAAAGUCCGCGACGGCCAGGAGGUGGAGACUGAGGACAUGGAGGGGACGGCUGGCAAGUUAUCCUUCCGGUGGCAGGUAGCCUCGUUGCGAUGCUUCGAGGAAGGCUUCUUCAACGCGGAACCGGAGGAGGAUUGUUACGUCGCCUUUGUCGACCCGUCGACGUACGCGGACGGGCCAGGAUGGCCCCUGAGGAACCUGCUGGUUCUGAUUCGACAGCGUUUUCGCCUGUCGAGAGUCAAGAUCCUGUGUUAUCGAGACACGUGGGCCAGGAGGCACGAAGCCAGGAGCCUUGUGCUCCCCAUCGAGGUCAAGCGUGCGCAAGCGACGGAGAUGACGGAGAUGCCCAAGGUGACGGGGUGGGAGAGAUCGCGGAACGGAAAGCUGCAAGCACAGCUCGCCAACCUGGGAGAGUACAUGGACCCGGUGCGCCUGGCGGAUUCGUCUGUCGACCUGAACCUCAAGUUGAUGAAGUGGCGCGUUGCGCCCGAUCUGGAUCUGGACCUGAUCAAGAAGACCAAAUGCCUCCUGCUGGGCGCCGGCACCCUGGGAGGCUACGUGUCGAGAAACCUGCUGGGCUGGGGCGUGAGGAAAGUCACCUUUGUCGACUACGGCCGGGUGUCGUACUCGAAUCCCGUGCGGCAACCGCUCUUCGAGUUUAGCGACUGCGCGGACGGGGGCCGGCCCAAGGCGGCGGCGGCGGCGGCCAUGCUGAAGCGCAUCUACCCGGGGGUCGAGAGCGAGGGGCAUUCUCUGUCGGUGCCCAUGCUGGGACACGCCUUCACGGACGAGGCCAAGACCAAGGCCGAUCUGGAGAAGCUCGAGGGCCUGAUCGAGGCCCACGACGCCGUCUUCCUGCUCAUGGACACGCGCGAGUCGCGGUGGCUGCCUACCGUCAUUGGGAAAGCUCGAGGGAAGAUUGUGAUGAAUGCCGCGCUUGGGUUUGACUCGUACGUUGUCAUGCGGCACGGUUCCGAAACCAGGGAUGACGGGCAGACGAGCUCUCUCGGCUGCUACUUUUGCAACGACGUAGUGGCUCCAGCGGAUUCGAUGAAGGACCAGACUCUCGAUCAGCAAUGCACCGUGACGAGGCCCGGCGUCGCGGCCAUGGCGUCCGCCCUCCUGGUCGAGCUCCUCACCAGCCUCCUGCAGCACCCGCUAGGCAAGGACGCGCCUGCGCCGCAGCCCACGGCGGGAAGCGCGCCGGACCGAGACCCUCCCCAUCACCCGCUCGGCCUGGUCCCCCACCAGAUCCGCGGCUACGUGUCGACGUUUCAGAACAUUGUCGUCCGCGGCCAGCCGUACGACUGCUGCAGCGCGUGCAGCCCCAGGAUCCUGAGCGCGUACCGCGCAGAAGGGUGGGGGUUUGUGAAGAGGGCGCUGCAGGAGAAGGAGUUUGUGGCCGAGCUGUCGGGGUUGGCCGAGGUGCAGCGCCGAGCCGAGGAGUUGGCCGGAGAGUUGGACUGGGAGGAGGAGGAGGACGAGCUGGCAGAGGGGGGGGAGUUACUCUGA